CUGAAAAAUGAUCUUUCAGCGCCCUCGUGUGGCGUUCUGGCAGUGCUGUUACUCCCGAACAGCAGGUGGCGCUGCGACACAGUCUGAUCACACACAGACCCGCUCGAGGAAACACGGAGGCGUUCACAUGUUGAGAUGAUGUGGUGUGGUGAGUGAUGGCUCAGAGGCGGUUCCUCUUGUUCCUGUGGCCCGUCAGGAGAUGUGCACCACUUCCUGUGGCGUCUCGCUUCUGCAGCUCCAAACAGACGAAAUUCGAAAUUCCUCUGGUGCACUUAGAGAACGAAUCUCUCCUGGAGAACCUCUCCAGCAUGGGAGUGGACCUGGCGUCGGCCCGACGACGGCAGCCGGGCGUCCUGAGAAAGCAGCUCACCAACGAACAAGGUCUCGCCCUCUUCCUGAAGACCAAAGGCGCCGAUCCGGAGACCAUCGCCAGCAUCAUCUCCCGCUUCCCGCGGUCCAUCACCCGCUCCUGCGAGCACCUGGAGGAGCGCUGGACGCUGUGGAGGAACGUCUUCAAGAGCGACCAUGAGGUGGUGGGGAUCCUCUCACGCUCGCCCGAGUCCUUCUUCCGCUCCAGUGACAACAAAAACCUGGAGGAGAACAUCUCGUUCUUGAUGUCGCUGGGAAUAACGACUAAGGAUCUGCACCGGCUACUUACCACUGCGCCGCGGACCUUCUCCAACAGCGUGGAGCUGAACCGAAACAUGGUGGAGCUCCUGCAGAGCAUCUGCGUGAGUCUGUGCGGGAAUGACCCCAAGCUCUUCGCCAAAACCAUCAUCUCCAGGAACCUGUACAUCUUCAUCCGCAGCACCAACCGCAUCCGCGCCAACGUGGACUUCUUGACGAGCUCCUUGAGUCUGAGUAACUCCGAGGCGCUGGCUUUGUUCCAGAGCCACGGCGCUCAGAUCCUGGACCUGUCGCACGAGAGCCUGAAGAAGAACUCCGAGAGCCUGCACCGGAAGCUUCGCUCUCUGGGCUGCGGCGCCGACGACUUCAAAGCCAUGAUCCUGAAUUACUCGCUGGUGCUGUUCAUCUCCUCAGAGCGGCUGAAUGAGAAAGUGGACUGCCUGAUCGAGGCCGGGAUCCACCCGCAGCAGAUCGUGCAGAAGCCCAAGGUCCUGGACUUCAGUCUCGCCAGCAUCAGGCAGCGGCUGCACCAUCUGAAGCGGCUGGGAUACGACUUCCAGAAGAGCGGCAUCGCUGUCUUAGAUACGAGCAAGAAACGCUUCAGUGCCAAACUAGAGAGAAUGGGUUCAUCAGAGGAAUAAAGACUUGAUGUUCAUUCUGAUUCACUGUAGAUGCAUGUCUGUUUCAUCUGAUAAUGUCUGAUAAUGUCCAAUAUUAUCCGAUAAUUUCUGAUAAAGUCUGAUAAUAUCCGAUGUCUGAUAAUGUCCGAUAUCCGAUAAUGUCUGAUAAUAUCCGAUAAUGUCUGAUAAUGUCAGAUAGUCUGAUAAUGUCCAACAAUAUCUGAUAAUAUCUGAUAAUGUCCGAUAUCUGAUGAUAAAGUCUGGUAAUGUCCAUUAAUGUCUGAUAAUGUCAGAUAAUCUGUGAUCGUGUCUGAUAAUGUCUGAUAUCCAAUAUUGUCCGAUAACAUCCGAAGUCUGAUAAUGUCUGAUAAUGACUGAUAAUGUCCGAUAAAGUCUGAUAUUGUCCGAUAAUGUCCGAUGUCUGAUAAUAUCUGAUUGUGUCUGAUAAUGUCUGAUAUCCAAAAAUGUCCGAUAUUGUUUGAUAAUGUCCGAUAAUGUCUGAUAUUGUCUGAUAAUGUCUGACAAUGUCCGAUAACAUCGGAUAAUGUCUGAUAAUGUCUGAUAAUAUCCGAUAAUGUCUGAUGAGGCCAGUGUUUUUGGCUUAAACAUUUUGUACACGCAAAGAAAUGUUUGUUCACUUUUAACUUUAUUUGUAAGAGGAUGGUGCUUAAUAUAUCACCUGUUCACUUUUCUGGGCCCUUAAAAUCAGUACAGUAUGCCAAAGUAAUUCAUAAAAUUAUUUCUUUUUUUCUUGCUCUCUUUUUUUUUUUUUUUUUAGAUAUCUCCUGUGUAUAUUUUGGUAAAAAAAAAAAAGAAAAAAGAAAAAGAUGUAUUGAUCUUAUAAACACAUAAAUUAUCACAUGAGCUCCUGGUUAUGACAGAAUGUCUCAUCAAGUCUUUUAUUUCCAAAUAAAUGUCCCGUUUUUCACAGUAUAACCGGCCUUAGGGGCUGUUCACACACCACGUUUUUCCUGUUAAAAUAUUACAGUACAAAAUAUGCCAAAGUGACUGAUAAAAUGAUCAAUUUUGUUUAGAUUUCUCCUAUGCUUAUUUUUGGUUAAAAUAGUUGUGAUAAGUGAUGUAUAACUGACCUGUGCUUUUUCAUAUGAUUAUUAUAUAAACACAUGAACUAAAUGAGCUGAAUGAGCAAAAUGCACUGGAAAACAAUGUAAAUUGUUUGAUGAAGAACAUUAAACUAGUAUUUUCCUAA